CGGGCCAGGGGGUGUCGGCGGCCGAGUGGGCCUCAGGUAGCCGCGCCUCCCGCCUCCACCCGCCGCCCUAUAUGCUGCCCGCCGCGCCCGCCGGGCCAUGGAGCGCGCCGCCAGUCCCCGGGGAUGGAGCUGGCCGAGGAGCACCUGCUGGGCACGCUCGCCUACCUGCAGGGCCUCCUGGGCCUGCUGAACUUGGUGGUGCUCCCGAGGGUGGGCUCGCCCUACGGCCGCUGCACGUCGGCGCGCUUCGGCCGCCCGAUCCCGGCGCGCGUGGCCUGGAUCGUGCAGGAGCUGCCCGCCCUGGCCGCGCCUCUGUGCGAGUGCGCCCGCGCCUCCGCCCAGCGCCUCCGCAGCUGGCCCAACGGCGUCCUCCUGGCCAUGUUCUUCGUCCACUACGUGCAACGGUCCUUGAUUUUCCCCUUUCUGAUUCGAGGAGGAAAGCCAAUGCCACUGUAUUCAUGUGUGGCAGCGUUCCUGUUCUGUACCUAUAAUGGCUACCUGCAGAGCAGAUUCUUGAGCCAGUACGCAGUGUAUUCUGAUGACUGGGUGACAGAUCCCCGUUUCCUAACAGGUUUUGUCUUGUGGUUGGUGGGCAUGCUCAUAAACAUCCAUUCAGAUCAUAUCCUAAGGAACCUCAGAAAACCAGGGGAGACUGGAUACAAAAUACCCAGGGGAGGCUUCUUCGAGUAUGUAUCUUCAGCCAACUAUUUUGGUGAGGUCGUUGAGUGGUGUGGCUUUGCACUCGCCAGCUGGUCUGUCCAAGGUGCAGCUUUUGCUCUGUUCACGUUUUGUUUUUUAGUCUCUAGAGCAAAACACCAUCACCAGUGGUACCUCGAGAAGUUUGAAGAUUAUCCAAAGUUCAGAAAAAUUUUAAUUCCAUUUUUGUUUUAAGUGCAUCGUCCAUGAAAUUAUUUCAGCUUGGAGCUUUUCAAUGGUGUUUCUUAGGGACUAUGUAAAUGAAUUAUCUCUGUGUGAUUUUCCUGCUACUUUACUGUUUUCAAGAUAUUCUCUAGAAAUAUCCUGUAAGCUACCUAAUAAGAAACUAACCAAACCGAAAUGCAGGUUGAAGUACCAAUUCUACACACCUGGCCAGGAAUUUCCAACUCUAAUUACUGCUGACGAUCUUUCUAAUUUUGAAUUUACUGCUUUUGGCUAUAUAUAUAGCUAAGUGUAUAGGAGACCAGAAUUUACAGUCUCUUUUAUGCCCUCUAUGGAACAACAAAUUUCACUGUUUCUUUUACAGCCCCCCAACAAUGAUUCAUUCAAGGUCAAGGGCAGGUGGCCCCUCCGUCCAUAGAGAUGUAAUCUGUCUUGGAGCUCUCCCUUGUUGCACUAAGCCAGAGGGGCCUGGGGUAUUCUUGUAGUCACGGCCUGAGGGCAGCUUGCCACUCUCCUAUCAGGUGCUGUGUGUAGAACUUGGGGGCACAGAAGAGAGCUCUGUGAGGCCCACCAGGCUGGGCAAAGGCAUCUGACACUUGUUCUAGCCUAGCUCCCUGGUGACAGCCUAUCUCCCUGAGCAGGGCAGGUGCUGGUGGCAGUUUAUAAGGCACAAGCUGUUCUGUCCCCAUGCAAGGGACUCUCUUGAACCCUCAGGUGGGAGCGUGUCGCUCUUCAGUGUUCUCGGGUCUAAUGUGGCUUUUUCUCCCCCCUUUAGUCUAUGUGGAACUAGAAUUUUCUAAGGCACUUUCUUUUUUAAGGUACCUCUCAUAUUGCAAAACAAUAUCUUGAAACAGAAUUUCUUACCCUUUUUUGUUUUUUUGGCGGCUGGCCCAUACAGCGAUCAAACCCUUAUCAGCACCAUGCUCCAACCAAAUGAGCUAACCGGCCAGACUCAGACUUUCUUACUUCAGAUGCACACUAAAAGUCCAUGGAGAUAAGUGGCAGUAAUAAAAUUUACCACUUAAGGAAAUAAAGAUACUGCAGAGAAAUGUCCAUCCAGAAGGAUGCCGAAUCGUGUCGCCGUUCAGAGAAAAUCUCACGAGCCGCCAUAAGGGCCCUUCCUGCCUGCAACAGUGCUGCCACCUGCUCCGCAUUUGCUCCUGCGUGUGCCCGAGCAGGGCAGAACCAAAGAGGAGUGGAGAGGGAGAGACACUGUGUUUCCUUUAUGACCCGCUAAUGGUGCUGGGGAGGCCUCCAGAGCACACCCACAGUCACGCCGGGCCCUUCCCUGCCACCUGCCCUCCCAGGCCGGCCUCCCAAAUCAGGCAUCAGGGCUUCUCCCCUCCUCAGCUUCCGUGUGUAAACUCUAGCCUCUGUCCUAGUGGGCUUUAGAGUCCCUUAGAUGUUAGAAUAAACACAGAAAGCUUUGCCUGCUAUGGCUGUUUUACUUUAACAAAAACAAUGGUUUUACUGAGGAAUUUUAUUAUUAAAUGAACUUUGGCCCUUUCUCUGACCAGAUAAUUACUUCAAACCUUAAGGCAGUAAAUAUUUUGGAUCCCCUCAGGAAAACUCAGAAGCUUGAGGUAGUCUUGACUGACUUGGGCCCUGCGUUCUGGAAGGCCUACCUGGCCACACGUGUGCUCGUCUGAGACCCAGAGAGGCCCGCUGCGAUUCAGCCUCAGCUGGUGCGUCCUUGGUGCCUGGGCGAGCCACGCAUGCACAAGCUCGGGCUGCCUCGAGGCUGGAUGCCCUGCUGCCACGGCCACACUCCGGACGAGUGAUCACCAUAGGAAGAACCGUUCUGUCUCACAUUUCACUGCCCUGCAUUGCUUAAGAACCGUAACCUCUUAAAUUGCGUUCAUUGGGACUAUUAAGGAGGUUAAUAAAAGUACAGUUAAAAUUCCA